GUAUCUUGUGCAUUCAUUUGAGUGUAUUUUAUACCUGUAUCCUAUUUUGUCUGAAUAACAUCAAAUCUGUUUUAGAAUACUGGCUGUGAACUUCGGAAGUGAUGAUCCUUCCUCUCAAGGACGCACAGAACAGAGUAGUGUAAACCAGCCAUCACAGAGCAUGUUGAGUCCCGCUGAUUCGAAUAUGAUGGUUGUGAGGGAACAGACACCGUCGGAUGCGCUUGCAAUAGUCCCGAUUCAGGUUUUUGUGCCGGCAUCCCAAACAACCACUGAGACAGAUUUUGAACCAACCCCUAUGCUACAGAUUGAAGGGACUACAGAAACCACUCCUGAAACCCCCCAAACAACUUCAAGAAACCACACCCACGCUUCCCCCAGCUCCAACUAAAAUUCAUCCAGCCGCAGAAGACGCUGCUGCCCUGUUGAUGAUGGCACGAACAGCAACCUAUGUUCCUAAAACAGAUCCAGGGGUGCCAUCAUUCAGCCUUGGAUUGACUGAUUUAAGCCAGGAGGGGGCGUCAACGCAGGAGACAGAAAGGGCAAAAUCUCUAGAAGCUGCAAAUUUGAUAGAACAAUUGGACGAUUUAGUCCAAAAAAUAGCAAGCAGUGCGGCGAAGGAAAAAAACAAAAGUCCACAAAUUCAGAGAGAGACUGGGGGAGAAAGUUCUGGAAAGUUUGAAACUCCUGGGGCAACAAAUCAGAUUACGGAUGAUAUGAAACAAAAGUGCUACAUUUGGGGGACGAGACUGAAGGAAGACGCAGAUGGCAAUACUAACGAGUAUGAGGAGAUGUGCACUCUCAUUGCCCAAGAUGAAUACAUUUUGAUGAGAAUGCACCUUGCAUCCCUCCAGGCAAAAAGUGAUAUAGAAUCUCAGAUUGUAUCUGCCAUCUGCCUCAUCCUCAACCAGAAAAAUGAAAAGAGGUUUCAAGAACAAAUAUACUGUCUCCCCCCCGAUAUUGUGAGCAUGGCACUUUUGGAUCACCCAGAUGGGGAAUUCAUAUCACUGAAAACGAAUAAGGAAUUCAGGGUGGAAGACUACCCGAGUUUUAUUCCCUUCAUAGAUAGAAAAAAAUUAACUUCGCAUCUAUAUAUUUUUGCACCUGUUUGCCACUCGGGGCAUUGGUGGUUAUGGGUGAUAAAUACAACGAAGCGGAAAUGUCAUAUACUUGACCCACUACACAAAAAAGCUCCAAGCGAUGAGAGAAAGCAGAUUAAUAAAUUCACUGGAUAUGUAUUUUCAAGAUUGAUAGCAUAUGCCGGCGGGGAACCUCUACAGAAAGGCGAGAAGGAGAAGGAAAUUAAAUAA